GAGCUCCUGCUGUGUCUUUGCCAGCUGCUUCUUCUCCCUGGUCUAGCUUGAGAGGCCACUUUGCUGCAAUGGGGAGGCAAAAGGAUGCUCUGGCCACCAUUGAGGAGCACCUGAGAAUCAGGAACAAGCUUGUGCGGCAAGCGCUGGCUGAGUGCCUGGGGACACUGAUUCUGGUGCUGUUUGGCUGUGGUUCUGUUGCACAGACCAUGCUCAGCAAAGGGUCUCAUGGAGGCUUCCUGACUGUUAACCUGGCCUUUGGCUUUGCAGUGACACUCGGCAUUUUGAUCGCAGGACAGGUGUCAGGUGGACACUUGAACCCAGCUGUCACUUUUGCCAUGUGCUUCUUGGCCCGGGAGCCCUGGAUCAAGCUACCAGUCUAUGCGCUGGCCCAAACACUGGGGGCUUUUCUGGGAGCUGGCAUUGUCUUUGGGCUGUACCAUGAUGCUAUCUGGGCUUUUGGGAAAAACCAGCUGUAUGUAACUGGACCAAAUGGUACUGCUGGUAUCUUUGCCACCUACCCAUCUGAGCAUCUGAACACUGUGAAUGGAUUCUUUGACCAGUUCAUUGGCACUGCUUCCUUGAUUGUUUGUGUCUUGGCUAUUGUGGAUCCCUUCAACAACCCUGUCCCCACAGGGCUGGAGGCUUUCACAGUUGGCUUUGUUGUCCUUGUUAUUGGAACCUCCAUGGGCUUCAACUCUGGUUACGCUGUCAACCCUGCCAGGGACUUUGGGCCUCGCCUCUUCACUGCCAUUGCUGGCUGGGGCACUGAAGUGUUCUGGACUGGUAAGCAGUGGUGGUGGGUCCCAAUCAUUGCUCCCUUCCUUGGGGCAAUUGCAGGAGUGAUGGUCUAUCAGCUGAUGAUUGGAUGUCACGAUGAGCUUUCUCCACCUGCCUCUGAGCAGGAAACAGUCAAGUUGGCUAACGUGAAGCACAAGGAAAGGGUCUGAGAAACCUGCCACCCAGGUCUGGUAGACAUAUAUUACUCAGGACUGCAGUCAGCAAUGAGGAGAAAGGAGUCAAGGAGAGCUUCAAGAACAACAGGAAGAGUUUUUU